AUGAUCCGCGAUCCGUUCGACAUCCACAGGAAGAACGCUUUCAAAGCCACCGCCUUCCAUACCAUCCGGAAUAUCAAGGACACGGCAGCGCAGGUCGGCGCGACCGCCCUUGACAUGUCCUUCAAUAUCCCGAAGAACGUCCCCAACUUCGCGGCGCCACAUCGCAACCUAGAGGACAGGGCCUGGGAAGCUCUUUCGCGCAACCGAGCAUCUGCCGGCGGCGGCGGUAUCCUGAGCGGCGUGCAAAACAAGGUGUCGAGUUACUUCGAGGACGAUGCGUUACCAAUGUACAAGGAUAAGCCAUACGGGUACUCGAGGAGACGAUGGUGGCGAAAAAAGCGUCUUCUCGGCACCAUCGCUUUGGCGGCGUUGACGUUGCUCUACCUGACGGGCUUUCUCGGUGGCCCGGGCGAGAAACGCCUGCCGAGCUCGGCAUCAACAUGGGCGUGGUUGGGCAUGUCCAAGGCCGACAAGACGACCGACUGGGACAAACGGCGCAACAGUGUUGUUGAAGCAUUCGAGCUGAGUUGGGAUACCUAUGCGCGUUACGCAUGGGGAUUUGACGAAUACCGCCCCAUCUCCAAAACCGGUAAAAACAUGGCACCAAAGGGAUUGGGCUGGAUCAUAAUCGAUUCCAUAGACACCAUGAUGCUGAUGAACCUGACCUCACGGGUGCAGCAUGCCCGUGAGUGGCUGGCAAACUCUCUGACUUGGGAUCAAGAUCAAGACGUCAACACCUUUGAGACGACGAUACGAAUGCUCGGUGGUCUGCUGUCCGCUCAUUACCUGUCCAGCGAAUAUCCCGAGCUUGCGCCGCUGAAAGAGGACGACCCAGGGAAAGCUGGAGAGGAUCUCUACCUGGAGAAGGCCAAAGACUUGGCGGACCGUCUGCUGGGAGCCUUUGAAUCCACCUCUGGCGUUCCGUAUGCGAGUGUCAACCUGGCGAAAAUGGAAGGCUUGCCGUCCCACGCAGAUGGCGGCGCAUCCUCCACUGCCGAGGCGACGACAUUGCAGCUUGAAUUCAAAUACUUGGCCAAGCUGACGGGGGAAGCAAACUUUUGGGAAAAGGUGGAAAAAGUGAUGGAGGUGGUGGACCACAACCAGGCAAAAGACGGACUCGUCCCCAUUUACAUUUACGCCACCACUGGGGAGUUCCGCGGCUCCUACAUCCGGCUGGGGAGCCGAGGAGACUCGUAUUAUGAGUACCUGAUCAAGCAGUAUCUCCAGACGAACAAGCAGGAGCCGGUGUAUGAGCAAAUGUGGGACGAAGCCCUCGAAGGCGUGCGCAAGCACCUGGUCACGUACACAGAGCCGUCUGGUUACACCAUUAUCGGCGAACGGCCCGACGGGCUGGAUGGCGACCUCUCGCCCAAGAUGGAUCACCUGGUGUGCUUCAUGCCCGGCACGAUUGCGUUGGCGGCAACCGGCGGUCUCCCCGAGGCAGAAGCGCGCAAGCUUCCCUCGUGGAACCAGAAGAAGGACAAGGACAUGAGGCUGGCUCGCGAGCUGAUGCAGACGUGCUGGGGCAUGUACAAGUGCAUGGCGACUGGGCUGGCCGCCGAAAUCACCUACUUCAAGGUGGCGAACCCUCCCCAUCCCGAACCGGACCACCCCCACCCUCCGGAGGCAUUCGAUCCCGACCCCGACGCCGCCUGGCGCGAGGACUUUCAAGUCCAGCCCAACGACGUGCACAACCUCCAGCGACCAGAGACGGUGGAGAGCCUCUUUUACAUGUGGAGAAUCACCGGCGAAGUCAAGUACCGCGAGUGGGGGUGGGAGAUGUUUGAGUCGUUUGUCAACUUCACCGCUGUCGAGGAUGCAGGCGGAUUCACGAGUCUGAGCAACGCCAACGUCAUCCCGCCGGUGGCGAGGGAUAACAUGGAGAGCUUCUGGCUGGCCGAAACGUUGAAAUAUCUGUACCUCUUGUUCUCGCCAAACGACCUGCUACCUCUGGACAAGAUUGUGUUCAAUACGGAGGCUCACCCGUUCCCUCGAUUCGACCUGGGCAAGCUAUUCUCAACGGGAUGGAAACGCAAGCCGCGGGAGGCGCAUGACAAGAGGGUAGGAGAGACCGAGACUGCCUCUCCGUAG